UCGCAAUCCAAGCUUUUACUGUAAAUGAAAAACUAAAAAAACUGAAAAAACGUGUCCAUUAGACACGGGGCGGAAGUCUCCUUCGCACCGCAGGCCGCCUCCGGUGACCGCAUGCGACGUCUAUAGACGACCUGGGGGUGGGGGGGUGGUGGUGGUGGUUGUGUGAAGAGAGAGAGAGAGACAAAGUUGGUCGAGGCGUAGGAAGCGAAUCGUGGCCGUCCGGGCAAAGCUCCCGGGGCACCGAGACCGCGGGGCCGGGAUGAAGAGCGGCGGCCCGCGACGACCCAGCGCGGAGCCUCAGCCCCGGGAAGUCCGGAAGGCCUCGCUCCCCUCGUCCCAGCGCCGCCGUCUCCUCCUCCUCCUCUCCCCCAGCCCCUUCUUCUCCUCCUCCUCUCCCCCAGCCCAGAGCCCAGACAGAGAUCGGAGCCCGGGGGCGGCGAGGCGACAUGAAAGAGGGCGAAGCGCGGGACGAGACCGAUGACUUUGUUCGGCUGCCUGUGCCGAAAAUCCAGCAGGUCUUCCACUGGGACUGUGGCCUCGCCUGCGCCCGCAUGGCCACUCAGUACGUGCGCGGAGUGGGCGAGGAGGAGUUCCAGGGUGCGUGCGAGCGGCUUCACCUGCGUGACAGUGUGUGGACCAUCGACCUGGCCUACCUGCUGGUGGCACUCAAUGUGCGGCACCGCUUCUGCACGCAGACGGUUGGCGUAGACCGCGGUUACCGGAACCAGAGCUUUUACCGCCGGCACUUUGAGACGGAUGAAGAGAGGGUGAAUCGGCUCUUUCAGAUGGCUGCCUCGAAUGGAGUGGUGGUGGAGAAAAGGUCGGUGUCAGUAGGAGAGGUGGAGCGCCACUUAGCGGGCGGCCACAUCGCCAUUGUCCUCACGGACGCGUCCGUGCUCUCCUGCGACCUGUGCCCCCCGUCCGCCGACGCGGGCGGCACGACGGCAGCGGUGGCGGUGUCCGGCGGAAGCCCGUAUUCGGAGGCCGGCGACGUUGGCGACGACGUGGACGGGGGUGCCGAGCGACGUGCCGGCUGGUCGUCGAGCCUCGUCUCCGGCUGCUGCUGCUGCUUGCCUGCGCUGGGCGCCGGCUGCUGCGUGUUGUGCCAACGGCGCCAAGAGUACCAGGGCCACUUUGUUACCCUGUGUGGUUACAGCCGCUCCGCACGUGCCAUCUUCUACAACAACCCCGCCUUCUCAGACCGUAUGUGCAGCUGCACUGUGAAGAACUUCAACGACUCAAGGAAGAGUUACGGCACAGACGAGGACAUUCUGUUCGUAUACAAGGAUUCCUAGCUCAGGUCCCACUGACCCACCCCUCGACUACACCACAAACUACCUGUGACAUGGCUGCUCAGUUGGCAGUAGAUCCCAGGCUCUACUACUGCGAAACGAUCAGCGUGUGAUUGUUGAAAAUUUUCCUUAUAUAUAACAGGGCUUUGACACUAUUGGAACAGUUAAGCUGGCUAUUCAUUAGACAUGUAAUGAUUCAUUUGGGCAUGUUUUGUCCCGUUGCAUUUUUACCAUCCCGUUCUGCCUCAAUUAGUUUAAAGCGUUAACUUGAAGGGAAUUCAAUCAAAAUGUAUAUCCUUAAGACACCCGAUUUGGUCGAUCGAGCAUCAUAGCUGAUCCGUGCCUACAUAGUCAUACUUACAAAUGUAAGUGCGACUGCCCAAUCAGAUGCCACUAAUGCUGGGUAAAUGUUGAGCGGUUAAAUCGUUAAGGACCGGCUCAGAAGCCAGGCAGGAUAACCCCGGCCAGCAACAGGCGUCAACCACGUGCCAUUCAUAACCGCUCGCCCACCCCAUCUCCUGCGGAAGCGGAGGGGCUCACCCAUCCCGUACCACAGUUUUUUUUUCCAUUCCAAAGCUACGAUUUGGACAGGCCGGGCUCUCCUAUCUGUAAGGAAUAUAACACGAGCCAAAAAGCACAGGGGCUGCUUCCAUCCCAAAAAACUUGCACGUAUGUGGGCGCGCGCGUGUGCGUGUGCGCAGGGACACACUUAACACUUUAGGGUCUAUUUUGGACAUCUCUGUCAUAGCUCUGCGAAGCCGUCCAUCUGUUGUUAUUAUUAUGCACUGAUGUAAGCUGGCUUUUUUGUUUUGAUUGUGUGAAAAAGGGUUUUGGUUUGUUCUUUGAUUUCAAAAUAUCGGUUUUGUUUGCCAUG